AUGUAUCGCGCGCAAUCGCUCCAGGGCCCCGCUGCGUCGUCCUCGACAUGGCGCGACCCUGAUUUGCUGCGCACUGUCCAAGACCUCAAGCGUCCGCUUGAGCUGCACGAAAACUACGCGGACGAGGACGACUUCUACGAGGAAGAUCCCUCAGAGGACGGUGAUGACCGGUUCUUCAACCCGGCGCUUCUCAGCCACAUUGCCGUUCGGCUCCGUGAUAAGGUUCCUCGUGGGACCCACGUCAAGGGCAGCAUUCCCUACCCCCGGGCUUUCACUGGGAAAGACAUUGUGUCGACCAUUCAGUCGCAGAUUCAGCGCGAGCUGCUCGUCACGCACGGCAUCUCGACGAACGACCGCAGGGCGGCCCUACAGGUCGCGCGCAGUCUACAGAGCCAGCUGUUUUUCUACGAGGUCGAGUGGGUAGACAGACCGCUGCAGGAUGGCGUCGAAGAUGUGUACAUGUUUUGGGACGACCAGGAAGGCGCGUCGGACGCGCGGAUAGAACGGGAAGAACUCCCGACUGCCGUGAUCACGCUGCUCACGCGGUGUUAUGCGUCAUCGUGUGACGAUGACAACCCGUGCUAUUCGUACACUUGUCCGAGACGGAGGAGCGCUCUGCAACUUGUGGCGCCUACGGAGAACGAAGACGAAGAGGAGAAGGACGAGUGGACACGGACAGUGCCUCCGGAGAUCCUAGCGACCAUUCCGGAUAGCGAAGUCAACCGCCAGACCAUCAUCCACAAGCUCAUCCACAAAGAGAAGCAGUAUCUUCGGGAUUUGGACACCAUCGAGAGUCUCUACAUCCGGCCUUUGCGUGCCGCGAACCCACCUGUGAUUCGACCAAGCGAGAUUGACGAAUUCAUCGACGAGGUCUUCGGCAACGUGUUAGACCUCCGCGAGUGCAAUCGCCACUUGCUUGAGACCAUCUAUGUACGCCAGCGCGAGCAAGCGCCAGUCAUUCAAUGCAUCGGCGACAUCUUCCUCGAUGCUGCUACGCAAUUCCGUUUGGCGUACCCGAUCUAUGUUGGUCACUUGCCGGUCGCCGAGAAGCGCAUGAAGGACGAGCUGGAGAAGAACGCCGAGUUCAAGCGCUUCGUGGAGCAAGCUUCGCGGCAUCCGGAUGCGCACAAGCUGGACCUGAAACAUUUCCUCAGCCGACCAUCUGAGCAUCUGCAGAAAUACCCUGUUCUGCUCGAGGCUAUCUGCAACGAGACGACAGACGGUAAUCCUGAUGUCGAGUUCCUGAAGGAGGCAAUCGCUGCGAUCAAGAAGCUGCAGACCGUCGCGCAGCUGUGGACUUGGCAGAAUGCGAUGGGUAGAGGUCCUACAGGCAAGCUGGAGUGGCAUAAUCUUGUUCCAGAGGACGUCCGCGCGAGCUUGUCGAAGCACGAGGUCAAGCGUCAGAACAUCAUCUUCGAGGUCAUCAAGGGCGAGAUGGACUACGUUCGAGAUCUCGAGAAUAUCGAAGUGAUGUACGUGGGACCGUUGCGUGAGAUGGACCCGCCAAUCAUCCCACGGGACCGUCUCGAGCAAUUUAUCCAGGAGGUCUUUCAUAACUACGCCGAGCUACAUGCGCACCACCGGCGGAUGCUGGAGAAGCUACAUGAGAUCCAGCGUGAUGAGCAUCCGGUCAUCCGUAGUAUCACGGCUGCGAUCUACGACGCGGUGCUCAACUUCAGGGAGGCGUACAUGGAGUACAUCCCCAAUUACCCUAUCGCGGCGUACCGGAUUGAUGACGAGAUGGCGAACAACCCACAAUUCAAGGCUUUUGUGGACCAAUGCACACGGCAUCCCGACGCACACCGUCUUGACAUGAAGAACUUCAUCAACCGGCCCAUACCGCGUUUACUCCGUUAUGAAUUGCUGUUGAAGAACAUCCUAGACGAGACACCAGAGGGACACGAGGAUCGCGACUAUAUCCCCCAAGUGCUUGACGUCAUCAAGGCCCUCGGUAAGGAGACCGAGCCCGGUGUCGUCUCGGCCAAGCAGAAGGUCGAAGUCUGGCGCUACAACUCGAACCUCGUGUUCAAGAAGGAGGAGCAGAUCGACAUGGACUUGCUUAAUGAGAACCGCUCGCUCAUCCACACAGGCAAGCUCUUGCGCCAGCCGGACACUGGAUUCGAAUGGAAUGGCUGGACUGAGCUAUUUGUCCUCCUUUUCGACAACUACUUGGUCAUGACGAAGGUGAAGGAGAAGGACGGUGUUACAAAGUAUCACGUCUACCGACGUCCAAUACCUCUAGACUUGCUGACACUGGCCAACUUCACGGACCCCCCAACUCAACGCGGAAACAGUAUCCUCCGUCUCGGUCGGUCCGAGCGGCAUGCGGGUGAUGCGGGUACUCCAACGGGCGCUGCCACGUCCCCGGAGACCGCGACCGACUCUCGUCUCGUGUACCCGUGCACGAUCCACCAUAAUGGUCGUUUAGGCGGGCUAUAUACCGUCUUCGCAGAGUCGGCACAGGUGCGGACUGAAUGGAAGCAAAAGCUAGAAGAGGCGAUUGGCUUGCGGAAGGUCGUGCAAGAUUCGAACAAGGUGUUCGAGAUCGAGACGCUCAGCGCGGACACGUUCUUGGUGCCGUCGAUGAUGGGCAACUCGAACGCAUCCUGGAGCCAUGAGAACGCGUUCACUGGCAAGGUCACUUGCUCCGUUCCCUUCACCACUGCUGACGGUCGUGGUCUGGUCGCCAUUGGAUGCGCCGAGGGUGUCUGGAUCGGCUUCCGACACGACUCUCGAUCCCUACGUCGUGUGCUCCACCUCAAGAUGGUCACUCAGUGUGCCAUGCUCGAGGACUUCGGUAUAUUCCUUGUAUUGGCAGAUAAGUCGCUCUUCGCAUACCACAUCGAGGCUUUGGUGCCGUCGUCGCCUCAGAGUGCCCAUACUACGCAAACGCCUCAGAAACUGAGCGGCAGUAAAGACGUCCACUUCUUCAGCGUUGGGAACCUCAACGGGCGCACACUUGUCAUUUACAUGAAGAAGAAAGGACUGGACAGCGUGUUCCGUGUGUUGGAACCUGUUGUUGGCAAGAUCAACGAGCGGUCGAAGGCUCCCCAAACCUUCGGUUCCCGUCUCGGUUUGCGCUCACAGCGAUCGGAAUGGUUCCGAGUUUACAGGGACUUCUUCCUGCCUUCCGAAGCGUUCGAUCUCAUCUUCCUCAAGGCUAAGAUUGUCAUUCUAUGCACGAAGGGCUUUGAAAUCAUGGAUCUCACAGACUUCAAAAGUGUCACGAUUCCUCAGCGUGAUGAUCCUCGACUUGAGAAAUUGGCCAAGAGAUGUGAGAGCUGUCGCCCCAUGGGGAUGUUCCGCUCCAGCAACGACGAGUUCCUGCUGUGCUACGAUGAAUUUGGCCUGUAUGUGGAUCGUCACGGAGAUCCCAGCCGUUCGAUGGGCACUAUCGAAUGGGAAGGUACCGCGGAGCAUGUGGCGUGGCAUCCGCCUUACGUCCUGUUGUUCGACAGCCGUUUCAUCGAGAUCCGCCAUGUCGAGACCGGCCGCCUUGCCCAGAUCAUACACGGUAACGACGUGCGCUGCAUUUGGGACGGGCGCGGUGUUACAGGAGUUCCUCCCGCCACGCCUGUCCCUGAAGGGUAUGGGCAGGAGACAAUAUCACAAGAGCCACGUGUCCAUGGUGUCAUGAACGCCACCGACGUUCCUACUGGGCCAAAUUCGCGCGUGGGCCGCCCUGUUGCACAGCACGUCUUUGAGCUCAUACCCACAAUACCCCUCUAUCUACCCGGAUCUCUUGCUUCGCCGUCACAGUCAACGACAUACUUCUCGCAGAACAAUUCGCCCCCGCACUCUCCGCGCCUCAAUCCCGCACUCUCGUGGCGGUCAUGA